AUGUGGCGACAGCUUGGUUCCAUGUUCAAGGCCCCGGAGAAGGAGCCUCCACGAGCUCUCCCUGCAUCAUGGUAUCGAUCCGAGGCGUUGUACCAGCUAGAGCGCCGAGCUAUCUUCUCCAAGCGCUGGCUUCUCCUCACUCAUUCUAGCCGAUUUGCCAAGCAGGGCGAUUACCUCUCUUUCACCAUCGCAAAUUUUUCCUUUUUCCUAGUUCAAGAUCGAGACAACAACAUCAAUGGUUUUCACAAUAUCUGCCGUCACCGUGCAUUCCCCGUCGUCCAAUCUCGCUCCGGGUCCACUUCGAUCCUGAGCUGCAAAUACCACGGAUGGUCAUAUGGGCUGAAGGGAAAUCUAUCCAAAGCACCACGCUUCGAAACAGUACCCGAGUUCGAUAAAAGUCAACAUGGGCUACUCCCUGUGCACGUUCAUGUCGACAAGGCCGGCUUCGUCUGGGUGAAUCUCCAAGCAGGAGACCCAGAUGUGAAGUGGGAUGAGGAGUUCCAGCGAGUGGACGGGCAGCCGCGGAUGCAAGACUUUGAUUUCUCUGGGGAAUACACUUUCGAUCAUUAUUGGGAAAUGGACCUAGACGCCAAUUGGAAAGGGGUCAUUGAGAACUACAAUGAGUGCUACCACUGUGCAACUUCUCAUCCCCUUAUCAGCGGCGUUUCAGAUCUCCCUCGAUAUCGUGUCGAGCCUACCGCAGGCUACAUGGAACAUCAUAUCUUCAACAAAGAGCAAACCGAUGCUCAAUUUAAACGCGCCAUCACAUAUUUCUUCCCCACUUCGUCGAUUACGGUCACUGAUAAAUUCUUUUAUAUCCAACGAAUGAUCCCGGUCACUGCUACCACGAGCAAGGUUGAAAACGAAGUUUACCGCCACAAAGAUGCGACGGAUAAAGAAUUCUCUGAUAUCAAUGAGUUCUAUCGACAAGUGCUUGAUGAAGAUAAAGAACUGUGUGAUGGAGCACAGAGAAAUCUAGGCAGUGGAGUCUUCGUCAGCGGUGAACUUCAUCCAGACAAAGAGAAGGGGCCGAUCUAUUUCCAGAACAGUGUGAAAGAGAUUCUUACGGAGCACCGAAGGAUGGAAGAGCAACAAGGGGGGAAAGAAAUAUGGCCUGCUCUUCCGAAAAUCCCCGGAAACAUGACGGAGAAGUUAAUGGAGGAAGAGCAGUUCUGCUCAAAGCUAGAGGCUGCUAGCUGCAUAACCAAGCCAGAACUUGCAUGGUAG